ACGUGCAUUCAAUCGUUCUCUUCUCCCCGCCUGGUCGCCGUGCCACUCGCCCUCGUUCGUCGUUGCCUCCUCUUCUCCCGUUCUCCCCUUGACUCGCCGUCGUUCCUCGUCUCUUCAUAUCAGACUUCAACCUUCAGCCGACCGUCGCCAUCGCCUCAAAACUUUUUACUCUUCUUCCUCUGCAGUCAGCCACCGUCCACUGCCAGCGCCGAUAGCUCGGUUUUCAUUAUUUUUGAAGCUCAAUCAACGAAACAACAAAGAAAGUGAAGCCAAGUAGAGGACUACAAUGUCUCUGUUCUUCCGCUUUUGCUCAGGACCUCCCCACAAGUGCCGACAGCAAAGCCACGUAUUUCAGAUAAGCCUUCGAACAUAUGUAGACGGCACAAUUAAAUGGGUUCGAGAUCGUGGUCUUGAUCAUGCUGUUGAGAGAGAGAAGAACCUUCUGCCGGUGAUGAAUAUAAAGAAUUUUAUAAAAUCAGAGCCGUCCAAGUCUGUUCCAGUUUCCAUCAUAACUCAGAAAAGGGAAGUUCUAAGGAUUCCGACGCGUCCCAUUGAUUUGAUCAGAAAAUAUCCCACCAUUUUUGAAGAAUUUCUCCCUGGAGGCAUUGGCAUUCAACCUCAUGUCCGGCUAACUUCUCAGGUCCUUGAACUUGAUGCUGAAGAGCAGUUAACGUAUCAAAGUGAAAUUUGUCGACAACAAGCUGCAGAUCGACUUGUGAAGCUCUUGAUGCUAUCGAGAGUCCAUAAAAUACCUUUAAGUAUCAUUGAUCAAUUGAAAUGGGAGCUGGGUCUUCCCAAAGAUUAUGUUCAAAGUAUAGUUCCUGAGUUUCCGGAUUACUUCAAAGUUGUAGGACACCAAAAUUUUGCAUCUGGAUGGGGCACUAUGCAAGCGUUGGAAUUGGUAUGUUGGAACAAUGAAUUGGCCACUUCAGUUUUAGAGAAGAUGGCCGCAAAAGGAAAACCCGGCAGCACAUCGAAGGGAAUGCCUAUUACUUUUCCUAUGAAAUACUCAAACGGGUUUGAGAUGGACAAGAAGUUCAAGAAGUGGGUGGAUGAGUGGCAAAAGCUACCUUACAUUUCUCCCUACAUAAAUGCAACACAUCUCCCUCCAAAUAGCGAUGAAUCUGAUAAGUGGUCUGUUGCGAUUUUACACGAGUUUCUUCAUAUGCUUGUCACGAAGAAGACCGAGAAGGAAACUGUAUUGGGGAUAGGAGAGUACUUUGGCCUUCGGUCAAGGUUUAAGAGAGCAUUGCUUCACCAUCCAGGGAUAUUCUAUCUAUCGAGUAAGGCUGGAACCUACACAGUUGUCUUGAAAGAAGCGUAUAAGAGGGGUUCGGUAAUUGAGAGUAGCCCCUUGAUGAUCAUUAGAAACAAGUAUCUUCACCUUAUGAACACAGUGAAGGAAGACAGUAAAACCACUAGCGAGCAUAAGAGUACUCGCCAACAGAAGCAAGAACAGAAAGAAGGGUCAGAUGAUGGAUCUGGGAAACAGAAUGAAGCUGAAUUAUUCAACUCUGAUGAUGAAGAUGAAGAUGAAGAGGAAGACCAAGGUGAAGAUGAAAAUGCUAGUAGUAAUCAAAACAUUCAGGCUGAUCGAAAAGAGGAUGGACGUAAUAAGAGACAUGUUGAUCUCAAAGAAAAUUCUGUUAGAGACAGGAUGCGAUCAUCAAAGAGAAGGAACUUGAGUGCGAAAAGACCUUCUAGGGAUAGGGAUGCUAAAAGAGAGAGGUCAAAUAUGAGUAAGAGAUCUUCAGUGAGGACAAAGGUUUAGCGUAGUUUUGCUCGAGCAAUAGGCACAAUAUCAUUGGAAGUGCAAGCCUCCUGGAACUGGCCUUCGAAAGUUCUUUUUGGUAGGAAAGUUAACAUCCAAAUCUAUUUUAUAUAUUGGAGUGGAGAGAAGUGAAGCUCCUGAUGUGGCGGUACAAGAUGACUACUUGUUUGCCCGUUGUAUCUACCAGGAUAGAGCAUUACUGCCCAAAAUUGUUGUACUUAAAUUUUUUUUUUAUUUCCUUUUCAUUAUUUACAAUUGGUUGGUAUUUUGAGGAAAGAUUUGAUUCG